GUUCCGGACUGAAUGUCAGUACUGGGCUGUUAGGCUCGAGGGGAAGGUUGGUUGGCGGUUAGUCCUGCGGCCACCGCCGCCGCCGUUGCCGCUUCUGCUGCCGCGGGUUUUCGGCGUUCCCGGGAUGAAGCCGUGAGGGAAAACCACAGGGAGGGGGCCGCGGAGAUGUUUGGCCGCUCGCGGAGCUGGGUGGGUGGGGCCAUGGGAAGUCCCUCCCGCAGCAUCCACUCCUUGGACCACCUGAAAUAUUUGUAUCAUGUUUUGACCAAAAACACCACAGUAACAGAACAAAAUCGCAAUUUACUUGUGGAGACUAUACGUUCCAUCACGGAGAUUCUCAUUUGGGGGGAUCAGAAUGACAGCUCUGUAUUCGACUUUUUCCUGGAGAAGAAUAUGUUUGUUUUCUUCUUGAACAUCCUGCGUCAGAAAUCUGGUCGUUAUGUCUGUGUUCAGCUGCUACAAACUUUGAACAUCCUUUUUGAGAAUAUCAGUCAUGAGACCUCACUCUAUUAUUUACUCUCUAAUAACUAUGUAAAUUCUAUCAUUGUCCAUAAAUUUGACUUUUCUGAUGAGGAGAUUAUGGCAUAUUAUAUAUCAUUCUUAAAAACACUUUCAUUAAAACUCAACAAUCAUACCGUUCAUUUCUUUUACAAUGAGCACACAAAUGACUUUGCCCUGUACACAGAAGCCAUUAAAUUUUUUAAUCACCCUGAAAGCAUGGUCAGGAUUGCUGUAAGAACCAUAACUUUAAAUGUUUAUAAAGUGGAUAACCAGGCCAUGCUGCACUACAUCAGAGAUAAAACUGCAGUCCCUUAUUUCUCCAAUUUGGUCUGGUUCAUUGGAAGUCAUGUGAUUGAAUUGGAUAACUGUGUCCAGACUGAUGAAGAACAUAGGAAUAGAGGAAAACUGAGUGACUUGGUAGCAGAACAUCUUGACCAUCUGCAUUACCUCAAUGACAUCCUUAUCAUCAAUUGUGAAUUCCUAAAUGAUGUACUCACAGACCACUUACUCAAUAGGCUUUUUCUGCCUCUUUAUGUAUAUUCACUGGUAAAUCAGGACAAGGGAGGAGAACGUCCAAAAAUAAGCCUUCCGGUUUCUCUCUAUCUUCUGUCUCAGGUUUUCCUAAUUAUACACUAUGCGCCACUGGUGAACUCAUUAGCCGAAGUCAUUCUGAAUGGAGAUCUGUCCAUGUUCUGUUGUAGGUCUGAACAAGAUAUUCAGAGAAGUUCUGCAAAGUCCAGCAUUAGGUGUUUCAUUAAACCAACUGAGUCACUGGAAAGAUCUCUUGAAAUAAAUAAGCAGAAGGGAAAGAAAAGACAGCAGAAGAGACCUAACUAUAAAAAUGUUGGUGAGGAAGAAGAGGAGGAGAAAGGCCCUGAAGAAACUCAGGAAGAUGCUGAUAAGACUAAAGGUAUAGAAGGUAGUUCAAAAGGCAUCAAGACAAGUGGGGAGAGUGAAGAAAUAGAGAUGGUAAUCAUGGAGCGAAGCAAACUAACCGAAUUAGCCAUUUCUGUAGUGACAGAACAGAAUACAACGGAUGAAGAGAAGAGUGCUGCUGCCUCUGAGAGUGAGAACACACAGUGGAACAGGCCUUUCCUUGAUAUGGUAUAUAAUGCAUUGGACAGUCCUGAAGAUGAUUAUCAUGCCCUUUUUGUUCUUUGUCUUCUAUAUGCCAUGUCUCAUAAUAAAGGAAUCGAUCCAGAAAAGUUAGAUAGAAUUCAACUUCCAGUGCAGACUGAAGUUGAGAAGACCUCCUAUAACCACUUACUUGCUGAAAGACUCAUCAGGAUAAUGAACUAUGCUGCUCAGCUUGAUGGAAAAAUUAGACUGGCUACUUUGGAACUUAGCUGCUUGUUACUAAAGCAGCAAGUCAUGACAAACAGUGGCAGCAUUAUAAAGGAUGUUCACCUUGCCUGCCUUGAGGGUGCAAGAGAGGAAAGUGUUCACCUUGUGAGACAUUUUUAUAAGGGAGAAGAAAUUUUUUUGGAUAUUUUUGAAGAUGAAUAUAGGAAAAUGACAAUGAAGCCCAUGAAUGUGGAAUAUUUAAUGAUGGAUGCCUCUAUCUUGCUACCUCCAACUGGAACACCUCUAACGGGGAUUGACUUUGUAAAGCGAUUGCCAUGUGGUGAUGUGGAAAGAACCCGUAGAGCAAUUAGGGUUUUCUUCAUGUAUCGCUCACUGUUGCUGCAGCUUCGAGAUGAACCAGAGACCCAGUUACCAUUGACAAGAGAAGAGGACUUGAUAAAAACAGAUGACGUCCUAGAUCUGAAUAACAGUGAUUUAAUUGCUUGUACAGUGAUUACAAAAGAUGGAGGUCUUGUUCAGCGCUUUCUAGCUGUGGAUAUUUAUCAAAUGAGUUUGGUGGAGCCAGAUGUUGCAAGAUUAGGGUGGGGAGUCGUCAAGUUUGCAGGUCUCUUGCAGGAUAUGCAGGUAACUGGAGUAGAAGAAGACAGUAGAGCUCUGAACAUUAUCAUUCACAAGCCUGCUUCUAGCCCCCACUCUAAACCUUUCCCCAUUCUCCAAGCCACAUUUGUAUUUUCUGAUCAUAUCCGCUGUAUUAUAGCAAAACAGCGCUUAGCAAAAGGUCGUAUCCAGGCCCGGCGUAUGAAGAUGCAGCGUAUAGCUGCACUCCUGGACCUUCCAGUCCAGCCUUCAACAGAAGUCAUGGGCUUUGCACUUAAUGCUUCAACUUCAAACCAGCACCUGCCUUUCCGAUUCUAUGAACAAUCUCGCCGUGGCAGCAGCGAUCCGACUGUGCAGCGUUCUGUUUUUGCAUCUGUUGACAAGGUACCAGGUUUUGCUGUGGCCCAGUGUAUAAACCAGCAUGGUUCAUCACCCCUAUCAUCACCAUCUCCUCCUUCCAGUGGCAGUUCCAGUGGUAGUGGAAGUACGGGGCGCUGUGACUCGGUCGCACCCAGCUCCACUUCCACUCCUUCUGCAGCACAAAGCCCAUCAGGUCUGGCAGGAAAGGACGACGGCGAGUGUUCAGUCUGUCGGAGGCUGACAGUCAUGGUGGACACUGGGUUUAGGUCUUCAAGCAGAAGCUGCCACGGCAACUCACGCAAAAUCAAUUCAGAUGAUCCCAUGGCUCCCCAGCAGCUCCAGCUGAUCUUUCCUGACCAAGUGGUGAUCGUUAAUGAAAUCCCUGUAACUUCUAAGUCCAGCAAGAGCCUUGGAAAGGGUUCAGAAAUGGAAACUGCAAACCUGUCCCCUAGCCUGAUUCCUGCCCAGCAACCCACCAUUUCUCUCAUUUCUGAUGACACUACAGAUGCACUGAGUGUGGAAUCCUUGACCCUGGUUCCUCCUGUUGACCCACACAGCCUCCGCUCUUUUACCUGCAUCUCACAGUCUUCCACACAGAUGGAAACUUAUAGAGUGACAGAGGGUGAGAUUGCCCCUCAUGAGCCAGCAGAUCAGUCUGAACAGUGAUGCAGUUGAUUUUCAUUUGUGGCCCCUCAAGAGGUUAACUGGAUACUUGUGAAACAGCCAGAAUUAUAAGAAAAGGCAGGAGCCUAUCCUAACAAAUGUUGUUUCUGUCUCUUGAAAUGAAAGAAACCUAGUUCUCCGUUUGAAUUCCCAUUUCUUGUCUUGUAUGUAAGAAAGAACCAGGCAUCAAAGAAAUCGAUGAAGACAGAGUUUCUCCAGACUACCAUAAUUAAUACCUGCAUGAUGCUGUUUCAUGGUGGCUACCAAAAGAAGAAACUUCUGUGUGAUAUCCUUGUCAUUUUUUUUGUUAGACUUCAGGCAUAAAACCCUUGUUCAGAAAGUGGCAAAAACCAAAAACACCAUCAGAAAACUGUUUCCAUUCAGCUGAAAUCGUUCUAUUUUCAUUUUCUUCAUUUAGAUUUAUCUAACAGCAAUGGAUGAGGUCAUUUCAAAAGAUAUUCAAAACAAGAUGAACUGUAGUAAUGUCUCAUUUGUGUUAUAUUGAUUUCAGCAUUCGAUCAGACUAGAAACAUUUAUUUAAAAAAAGAAAAACCACCACCACCUCAUUCCUGAAGUUUCUUGUAAUGCUAAGAGUAGAAUAUAUAAGUUUUUUUCUUGAGCUUAAUCUGUCUUUUGAGAACUGUCUAUGAAGAAGGUAUGGUAUGCUACAUUGUCUUAAGUGACAUUUAUGACUUCAUUCCUCAGCAUCCCAACUCUGCAUGCCUGUUGAAUGAAAAAGCACCUUCCUAGAAAGCCUAGAUUCUUUUUCAGAGAAGGGAUUUGAAGAUAUCAUGUAUAGUAGCUUUCUUUGUGACAGCCAAGAAGCUCUGUUUUAGUCUUUAAUGAGAACAUCUUUUCUUGAAAAGAGAAAAAUUUCAAAGAAAUCUCCUACUCAGGCUUUUUUCUGUAACCAAAUGUGAACUGUGUUUUGAGCAUCCCCUUUAGUCAUUGCCAUCUCUGUGUGGGGCAAAGAAAGGAAUGUGGAAAACUGUGAGGACUGCGGAAUAGACUUCCUCUUACACGAGUGAAAUGAGAUUUGUCUACUGAAUUUGCCCAUAAAACCAGUUUUAUGUACUCAUUCACAGAGAGCCAGCUAAUAAUCUCAGUGCUUAUGUUAUUCAAGGCUUUUGUAGUCUUGAGGAAUUUGACUCAGUUGCUCUCCUCUCCCCUCUCAGCCAUCGUGCAAAUGUACAGGCUUGUUUGUAAAACAAGACUAGAAUCUACAUUUCCUCUUUCAUCCUUUCAAUGUCACAUUUUGUUUUAGAUGUGGAUGAACACAUUGGUAUAUUUAAAAUUAAACUAAAGAUUAUACA